AUAUUGAGCUUCGUAAUGGUACCUCGCAAUUCAAAAGUCUCUCUACGGCUGAAGAAUGAGCGUGUUCUUGGGCCAUCGUAGAAACAUAGAUAGGGUCGACGACGGAACGAAGAACUCACCCUAGAUACAGCUUUUUCGUACACGUUCACUUGCAUCACAUACACAAGUGCUCUCUGAACCGUGCUUUUUUAGGUUAUGCAAUAGACGGGAGGAUUAGCUCUGGAUCCCCCCUGCUUGCAGAAUGAAUGGAUCGAAGGGGGGCUGGGUUUCCUAUUUCCGGGCCGGGCGGGAGGUGAAGGCCAUAAGAUUGCCUCCCGGUAGGAAGAGAGGAAAAGGGGUGCUGUCAUCAAGCAGAGGAGGAAGGGUGGGCAGCAGGUACCACGAGCUCCCUGUCCCACAAUCUAUCCAGAAGCAAGUGUAGUUUCACCGGUUCCACCGGAUGCUCCUAUCUCUCGGCAAAGAUCGUGUGAGUGUGCAGUUAUGCUUCGGAUGCUUCGCCAUAAUAGAUCGACCCAGUUCCCGUUCUUUUCCGGUGCACUCGCUUUAUAUCUCCUACACACAAGGAAGGACGCGGUGGGAAGGAAGCAGCCCUAGCCUCUGUCCGGCCGAUCAUUCCGCUGGCAUCUUGCAUUCACGCCCUCGACUGCCGCUCGGGGAUGGGAGUUGUAGAUACUAGUCUUAGCGAUCGUUGGCUCCACCUGUUUAUCUCCUUCUACGACAUGCUGUUGUCGUCGCCAUAUUCCUAUGUAACGUAGUCAUCUCUGCCUCGCUGCGGUCAGCACGCACCUCUCCGAAAGAAACGAGGACUUCAUUCAGGACUCCGCGAUCGCCCUCUAAACGAUCAUAAUAAGGUAAGCUUGAAGAUAAGUUUUGUACUCUAUUAAUUUCUCAGUCACCCUAGUCUGGUUGGGCGCCGGCCGGUCUUCGACCAGAUCCCCUAAAACCGUACGUGCGGGUCUCCCCAUGCGGCUCACGCAUUCGAGGUGGGCCCAGCCAGCAUUUCAUUCCAAAUCCUGUAGUGGAAAUUGAGCUGCUCGACCUCGGAAGCUAAUUCGCGUGUAGGCAGCGCUGUCUGUCGUACCGUUGACUCUAUCUAUUCACUUUCAUUCAUUUUUAGAGGCUUGCUCCCUCUUUUUCCAAGAAUUAAUGCACUUCCCCUUUACUUCAGAGGGCCUUCUCUAAUAGGGGAAAAGCCUUCCAUUUCCGUCAAAUGACCCGGCCCCCCCUGGCUCUUCCACCGUCCCUGGCUCCCUUCCUAACCUAUGCUAGCUCCCCGGCACGUGCCUACCACGCUCACGCUUCGCGCCCGCGCGUUUUCGCCGGACGGUCUUUUGCCAUAGUGCCAUCCUCCUCCCCGCUGGCUGUAUGGCGGGUUGUCCCUCGCUGCUGCGUUUCGGUUAGGCUAUGGAUUUACAGGACAAAUUGUAGUUGAAUGCGACAGCAGCGGGUUAACGUUUCCCGCGUGCCGAGAUGUUAGGUGAGGUGGUGGAUGAUCACCCCGGGGUAUGCGCUAGCGCCCUUGACAGGCACUCCAGGACCCGCCAACGCUCAUGAAAACCCGGGUCUGUCCUCCCUUCAUCUGACCGGAGGUGUGGAUAAACGAGGCCACCUUCCAACCUUCUCCCUUCUGUCCUUAUGUUGUAGUAAGGUAGGGCGGUUCGCUUGAGUUGCUCAACCGCCCCUUAGCCAGGUGCUCAUGACGCGCUACGGGACCUCCACCGUGCCGGGGGACCAAGCAAGCAGGGCAUAGCUAGCGGCAUAGGAGCCGACUCGGCGUCACGGCUUCGUGCCGCACUGGAGUGAUCCAAUAUGUGGUUCCGCACGUUCCACCACUUCUCCGUUCAUUCAAUACUGUCGUGAAACACCAAUGAGCAGGCAAAGGAUUUUUGAGGUCCGAAAUUCGAAGUGAAUUUUUGAUUUUCCCGUUUCCUAGUCGUCAUGGGCAAAAAAGGAUCAAAUUAAAUAAGAUAUUAUUACCUAAGAGCUUGUCAGUACCAAAAUGCAUCUCCUGCGUGCGGAGACUUCUAUGCCAGCCGUUAUUCCCGGCUCUGUUAUGGAAAGAAAGCGGCAGACUCUCUUACAGGGUGUUCCCUAAUGAGGGAUUUUAGGUUCUCUUUAUCCCCUUCCCCCCAUUCCGGGCCUCGUCCUCUUCAUGUAGGAGAGACUACCCUUUCAAA